GCAUUAUCUGCGACAGUCGCAACCAUUAUUGCUCAGCCAUUUGAGCAACUUGCUGAGGCUCUAGGCAAAAGUUUCCGUGCAUUGUUUAGGGAAGUCCCCCUUCAGUGGCAGCCAUUUGUUUUUAUUGCAGUCAUCAUUAUUAUUGUUAUUGCCAUGUUCACACUGAGCGGAUUACAAGUAAGGUUACCAUUUGUAACACUCACUACUGUGCCAGCUAUCCCUGGUAACUUCCAGGCCCAGUUACGACAGCUAGAAAAUCAGGUUAGAAACAUGGGAGAAACUGUUGCACAAAUUAACGAUGUUGUACACCAAAGAGAAGCAGUUGACAAUGCCCCAUUGCAAGGUGACAUUCAUGACAAGCAAACUGAGAUCUUAAAUCUUUUGGAAACAAUCUGUGAAUACCAUCAGAAAAGUGCUCAGCUUGCAGUUCAAGGAGGCAGGAGCCAGCAGGAACAGAAGGUUUAUGGUCCUGUUGAGAAUGCAGAUGAAGGGGCUGCAGAUGAAAAGCCUCCGAAAAGGGCCAUUAUGGAGUCAAACAAGGAUAAAAAGCCUGUUCAGAAUUCGGAACAAGAUACUAAGGUUGGUGUUGAGGACGUGGGCUCUUCUGAAGGGACAUGA